AUGGGUUAUGGCAAACUUCAAAAAAUAAUAAAUAAUAUCGCAACAAGUACUAAUAUCAAUUUUGAUAAUAGUAGAUUGAUUACUAAUUACUCUUGUCAUCAUAUUGCAAUUCAACUUUUAAAGAACAAUAGUGUUUCUGAAUCUGAGCUUAAAGCAUUUUUCAGACAUUGUUCUUGUGAAAGUUUGGCAGAUUACUGCCAAACUAGUGAUAAUCAACAUAUAACAAAUACCACAAUGCUAAUUCCUUUUUUAUUACAAGAUCUCGAUUUGGAUAAAUAUGAAUAUGACAAUUUUUAUGGAGGAUUUCUGGAUGAAGAACUAGAUUCUAAUAAUGGGCCUUAUAAUAUAAAUAAUGGUUCAGUUCAAUCAAUUUCUACAAUUUAA